AGCUUCCGUCGCGAGGUGGGCGGGGUCAGUGCCCGGCGGAACAGCUUGAGCGAGCGGAGAGAACGAGAGACGAAGGCAGCAAGGUUGCCCGCGCCUGCGGGCCGGCUGUGAGCUACCUUGCCUCGGGCUCCUGUCCGGAACAGGAGGUGAAUGAGAAUGGAGACGUGCUGUUGGUGCACCCCUAUUAAUUCAGUUGCCACCACCUUAAAGCGCUAUGCCUCCUCUUCAUUGCCCCCAGAUAAAUUUGCUGCAGCCAACGAAGACCUUUGUUACUGUUUGGAGUGUGUGGAUGAGUAUCAUAAAGCGAAGGAUGAGAUGCCAUCCUUACAUGAGAUCCUUUGGAAGCUUGAAACCACUCGUCUUAUUGCCCAUUUUGAGAAAUCAAUGCCGAAGGAAGAUGUCAUCUAUAUCCUGGACAAUGAUGAGGAAAGACAGGUGCAAUGCCGGGAUUCCGACUUCGAGAAAAAAGUUAGAGUGCCAUUGUUGGAAAUACUGAAAUACCCCUACCUAUUGGUUCAUAAAGACCUCAGCAUACUGUUUGUGAGGACCCUAUGCAGAAUGGAGGUAAUCAACUACCCCUGCCAGGUGUUUGGGAAACACCCAGGGAUCUAUUUGCUCAUGGUACACCCUAAUGAAUCGAUCCGUCGAUGGGCCAUUCUGACAGCCAGGAGUCUGGGAAAGGUGGACAGGGACGAUUACUAUGACAUCCAAGAAGUGCUAACUUGCUUGCUCAAAGUUAUAGAGCUGGACCUCUUUGAAAAUGCUUGUGUUUAUAGCCCCAGAACAAUUGAGAAGGGUAAUCUCAUCUUGUUGCCUGACCACCUGUACGAUAGUACCAGUUACAAAAACUACUGGCUAGGUAUCUGUAUGAUGCUGAUGGUGCUGGAUGAGCAAGCCAUGGAUUCGAUGUUGCUUAACCCUGAAAAGCAGACAGACUUCAUGCAAUGCAUAAUAAGUACCCUUAAGAAAGACACGGAUGAUGAAAGUAACAGUCCCUUCUGGCCUGCACUCCACUGCUUCAUGGUGAUCCUGGAUAAGCUUGGGUCCAAAGUGUGGGGGCAGCACAUUGAUCCAACUGAGGCAUUCCAAACUAUUAACAACAGUGUGAGUUAUAAUAAAGAAAUAGAGAGAAUUCGCCAAAGGUGCAAGAGGACUAGAUCUGUGCCACUAUCAGAAACUGAAGAUGAAAUGGUCACCUGCAGCCAACUGGUGUAUGGCUACCACCUAGAAAAGCCACAGAAGGUUACCGGGCAGAAAUAUGAUGUUUGUGCUAAUUACUUCCCUGACUUGUAUGAAGAUAUGAGAAAAUUAAUCGAUGCAUUCCAGAAUGACUUUGGCCAAGACAUACGGUUGCACAACAGCACUUUUCUAUGGCUCGUCCCUUUCAUCCACUCCCUUAUGGGCCUCAGGGAGCUGGGGAUUGGCUACAGUGUAGAGGUUAUGAACCACCUGUGUUUAAAAGCAGAUGUCUCCGAGAACUCUGCUAAAUCUUAUGACAAAGUAUCUCAGUUCUAUAUUUGGAUCCUGGUGAUCGUGAUUCAACUCCAUCUUAAGAAACAGUGCCUGGGUUCUCUGUGGGUCAGCGCGGAAAAAUGGGUGCGGAUAGUGGUAGCAUGGGCCAAGGUUCCACGUGCAGUGUUCAUGGUUGGCAUUGAAAGAAUGGUGGCCAGGAGCUGCUUAAGAAGUACAGCUACAUCACCAUCUGUGGAAACUGAGUCUGUGCAGUCUUUCUGCAUGAAACUGAUUCGUAAUAUCCUGAAGGAAGGCUUAUGUGGUGAGAAGGCUCCUGUUUGUAAGCAUUUCUUUGUUGAACUCAACAUGCUUCUCCGUAACCGGAUGAACUGGGAGCUGAGUUCCCGACAGACUGAAGAAUUGCAGGGCACUCUAAAGCAUAUCAUACGGAGCAUGCGGGUCCAAUUAGUAACUUCCCCCCCCACCUUGGAGAGCCCUCCCACUUGUGUAACUGAAAAGCAGGAAGGCAUGUGUCCAGUGAAUAUGUGCAAGGACACAGGGGCAGGGAAGGAUGAAGUCUGCCAAGAAGGCCAAGUACAGGAUGACACGGAUGUUCAAAAAAACAUGAGCUGUCACCAGACACUAGGGGCCCAUAACAAGGGAGACUUGGACUGGGGUAUUGAGCACAUAAGAGUUGAGAACAUCAGGUCAUUGGCGGAGACACCUAUAGUUUCCAGACCUCUGAUGACAAAGAACAAUGACAACAGUGAUGCUUUGGAGAAAAGUGUUGGUCAGAAUGACCUUACAAGCCAAAGGAAACCUCUGAGACCUGACGUCACCCUGAAGUUGAGACAGCUGAUUGAAAACAGUAGAAGAAGCACCGCGCUGGAGCCAGAAACAGAGGAGGAGCAGUCAGUUAGAGACCAAAGGAAAAGCCAGGAAGGGCGGAAGAGUGAUAUUGUUGCAGGUAGCGCUAGCAACACAUCAAAGCCAUUUCUCUACAGGGACCUGCAAGUAGAGUUUAGAACAGAUCAGCACAAUCCUGAAGAAAGCAGCAGUGAUGACUCGAGGGAUAAGACGUCAUUUGACAUUAUGAAGGAUCUGGAGAAUAGACCUGCAGAAGCUGUCGCUGACGCAACCACCACAGCAACAGAUUCCCAAACUGACGUCCUCAGUAAAGACACAUUCAUUGCUUACACCAAAGACACUAGUUCCCCUGUUGACUCUAGGCAGGAAAGCAGCAAGAAAGUUAUAGACUCUGAUCAAUCUCAGUCUUCCAGUGAGGACGAGUUGUCAAUCCAGAGGAUUAUUAUUUCUGAUUCUUCAGAUGAGGAUGAAAACCAAGUGAGCUCUAGUAGAGAGAGCAGGAAAGAUAAAACGUGUGUGUCUGAGAAGCAACCCAGUGCACAGGGGCAAGAGCCAAUGAAUACCUCACCGACAAAUGCAGAACAUGAAUCGCAGUUGUUUGAGUUCGAAGCAGAAUAUGACAUGUACUCAGAAUGGCAGGACAGUCAAAUGGAUGAGGAACUGACAGAGGAGGAGAACCUUUUAGUGGAGACAGACAAUGGCCACACAAACAUUGACUUGGAAAUAAAUAACUGGGGUUAUGAGUCGAAUCCUCAUUGGCUUAAUGCCACUGAAGAAGCAAAAGAGGACCAGGUGCAAAAUAGUAAAACUAAAACAAAGCCACAUACACCGGCUCAGAAGGUCAACAUUAGCAGCAGAAACGCAAUGUGUUACUCGACUUCCACAGGGACGGAUGCAGGGUGUUCCAGACAUAUAGAUCCAUCAGCACCUAUUGAUCCUUCAGAGUCAGCAUCUACUGUCAAAGAGUCUACUAUUCAGCCAGGGAAUGCACCACCACAGGCAGAAUCAGCAAGAUCCACUCCUGCUGUGGUCCCACCCGCCAAAGUCCACCAUUUUCCACCCCCAGCCUCACUGACAGAGGAACUUGGCCUGUCAAAGAAAGUCCGUAGAGCAGCUGAACUAUCUCAGCGCACGCAGGACAGUCUCGCUGAGUUGCGUCGUUAUGGGGAAAUUGCUGGCAGGGUUGUACAGAAAAGGGCAUCACAGCUAAUAAAUGCUACACACCUACCUAUUAAAAAGAGAAAAAUUCUUUCUUGCCAAGAACUUCAGUUCUAUAGGCAGACAAGGCCUAAUGAGAGAGAGAAGGGUAAGAACCCAAGUUCCUCAAUCCUUGAAGCUAGAGUUAGUAAAACCAGCCCCUUGACCUCUACCGAUUCCUCCUCUAGCUCUUCUGAUGAGGAUGUGGCUUUGAAAGUGGGAGAGCCACAAUUGAAUGAGAACAUUGAAGAUGACAACUUGUUUCUUACACAGCCGGAUCCAGUGGACAUGGAGCUGUGUUCACAAAGAGAAAGUGGCAGUAACCCCACACACAUGGAAGUCAGUGUAUCUGCAAGCCCACUACAGGAUGCUAAGGAGAUAUGCAAGGAAGCAGCUGAAGCAGGGGCUCACAGCACAAGCUGUUCUGCUGGUGGCCCACAAGACAAUGCAUCCACCAAGACUUUUGCACCCCCUAGGCUCUCCACGGUGAAAAUCUUCAGUGUUUCUUCCCGGAGUGCGAACCUCACUAAGGAGCUCGAGAGCACCCCAAAACCCCCAGCAGUUCCGAAGAGCAAAUCAAAUCCCUGCAAGCCCCCCACCUCAAAGGAGAAUGGAUUGCAGUACAAAAUCCCUUUGCUGAACAGCUUUCUCCAACCGCAGAAUUUGAACAACGUCCCUCAGUUGCUAAAUGUGCAAAAUAAAUCUAAUGUGUAUAAUGGUGGGGUGCUGCCUGCCUCCAGAGCUGUUUCCAGGCGUGAAAUGAAUCCACGCGUCACACAAGCAAACAGUGUGAAUGCCCAGCAGAGAAAUCCUGCUAUAUUUAUCAGAGAAAUCCUGAAGUGGAACUAUGACAUGUUUGCACAGUUCAGUCAGUUUGGGCCACCAAGUCACCUCCUACAAUCUAUCAUCACAACUGUUCCAGCCACGUUUAACGAUUACAAUGACUACUUCAAUACUUUCUUCCCCUUAAUGAUGCUAAAUACCUUUGAAACAGUGGCACAAGAUUGGAUAGAGAACCAGAAAUCGAAAGACAAAAGGCCUUGCCACUUAAUUUUGCUGAACUUCAAUCUGGACACAAAUGAAGCAGAUUUUACAGCUAACCUCUCGGAGAGCAAGUUGAGGAAAAAUCAGUACCCAAAGCAAGAUGACUUUGUGGUCUUAACAGUGUAUGAAAAGCAAGCCUUUCAUAGCAACCCUGGCGAGGGAGAAAGCCGCCCAGUGCACCAUGUCGGUUGCGUGACUCGGUUUUAUUAUAAAAGCAAAGAGCAGGAUGCCAUUAGCCUGUCUAUCAAGACACAAGGGAAUCUGUCCUGUAUCGAAAAGAGAGUAAAGUGCCUCACCAUUGGUUCGAUGGUCACCAUACAGCGAAUGUUUAAGGCCCUUCUUCUGCUUAACCGAAGCCCUCUAGCCCAAGCCAUAAUACGCCCAGAAUACACCAACUUCUCUCUCACGGGAUCAAAUGCGAACUCUGAUAAUUGUUCUUUGUACAUGAGAGAAUUUAAUGAAGAUCAAAGGACAGCUAUUAAAACAGCUUAUGCCCUCGUGACACAGUAUCCUUCACUGCCCAAAGUUUGCUUGAUCCAUGGGCCACCUGGGUCUGGAAAAUCUAAGACUAUCCUUGGACUCCUUUACUGCAUUUUCAUUGAGAGACCAGGAAAAAGAAAUUCUGUGCAAAGCAAAAUCAAGAACCGUGUGCUGCUGUGUGCCCCAUCCAACGCUGCCGUCGACGACUUGAUGAAAAAAAUUAUUCUUAUGUUCAAGGAAAAUUGCCAGGACAGUAGCAAACCUUUGGGAAACUGUGGCGACAUCAACUUGGUGAGACUGGGACAAGAAAGCUCGAUCAACAAUGAUGUCUGGAGGUUUAGUCUAGAUGCCCAGGCUGACCAUGAGAUGAACCGAGCAGCCCUUGGCACAAAGCAAGAUAUUUACAGACGAAAAGAAGAGCUGGAUCAACAGCUGGACAUUCUUUCUCGCCAGCGUGCUAUAGAAAAAAACAAAAGCGUAGACAAGAUGCGAAUGUUAGACCAGGAGAUUUGCACACUUGCUGAGGAAAGAAGGAGGCUCACUGUUCAACUGAAGAAGGAUUGCGGACGAUCACAAGGCGAUUUGAAAGCGAACAUCAUCCUGAAGUCUCACAUCAUCUGCUGCACGCUGAGCACCAGUGGGAGUAGCAUGCUGGUAUCAGCAUUCCAGCGGCAGGGCUGUGACCCUCUGAGUUGUGUCAUUGUGGAUGAGGCUGCACAGUCUUGUGAGAUUGAAAGUCUCAUUCCGCUCACUCAUGGCUGCAAAAAACUGGUCCUGGUUGGAGACCCAAAACAGCUGCCCCCCACAGUUAAAUCCAUGAAAGCUGAGGAUUACGGCUAUGGGCAGUCUCUGAUGGAGCGGCUGUGCAGACAGUUAAAUGGGCAGCUCCAGGAGAAAGUCAUUAACAGGCUUCCAGUCCUGUGCUUGACCAUUCAAUACAGGAUGCACCCCGAGAUCUGCCUCUUCCCUUCUAACUACGUCUAUGACCAUGCUCUGAAAACUGACGGGUGGACAGAAGAGAACCGAUUCUCUAACAAUUGGCCCUUCCUACCGUACCUCCUCUUCGAUGUUUUGGAUGCCCAGGAGAGAAGGGAGAGCGAUUCCUUCAUCAAUCUCGAGGAAGUGAAACUGGUCGUAGAAUUAAUGAAGUUAAUUACAAAAAUGAAGAAAGGCAUCAACUCUCAUAACAUUGGGAUCAUCACCCCAUACAAUGCUCAGAAAAGAAGGAUCCUGAGCGAGCUGGAGAAAGAGUUUGGAAGAGAAGAAAAGAGCGUUGCAGAAGUCGACACUGUGGAUGGGUUCCAGGGCCGUGAGAAGGACUGCAUCAUUGUCACCUGUGUCAGAGCGAAAAGCACGCAAGGGUCAAUAGGGUUCCUGAAGAGUCUGCAGCGUCUGAAUGUCACCCUCACCCGAGCCAAGUACAGCCUCUUCAUCCUUGGACACCUGGAGACGCUCAUGGAAAAUAAAGAUUGGAACGCAUUGAUUCAGGAUGCUCAGAAAAGAGGCUCCAUCAUCAGGACCUCCAACACCAAUUACAACAAUAUUCCUUGCUAUGCAAGUGGUGCUAAGAUGAUCCUGAAGCCCAUGCCAGUCCAGCAGAGUCCGGGGAGAGCCAAGAUUGGGCAGGUGACCAUGGUGGCCACGUCGGGUGAAGCUUCUACACAACAUCCCCAGAUAUCUUCUGGUGCUCCUGUUCCAGGGAGUCUGCUGGGAGUCAGAUUUGGGCAGCUGGCCCUGGCGGCCCAAUUGGGUAAACCUCCUGUACGACAUCCCCAGGCAUUAUCUUCUGGUGCUCCUGCUCCAGGGAACAGUGGGGCACCUCUGAUGCCAGCAUCUGGGGAUUCCAGUUCCUCAAACCCACAGGCUACAUCUCAGAAUAGGCCAAGAGAUCCACGGCUGGCCAAGAGGGCACAGGAAGGAAUCAAAAGGAGCGCCACUGAGAGCCAUAGUCGCACAGAUCCCAAGCGGCAGAAGACAACAGAGUAGCCCUACCUGUAUAAGCCAGAACUCUUAUUGUGGCUGUUCCACAGCCUUUUCUGUACUGCCAGCUUUCUGAUUGGUUCUCUGUUCCCUGUAAGAUAAUGUAUUUUUUUUGUUUAAUAUAUUUCUAAUAAACUAUUUUCUUU